AUGUCACAUCAUCACCACUUGUUGAGAACAAGUCUUGCAAGAAGUCUUCUGUUCCGGUCACCGGUCCGGUCCCCCCAGGUCUGGGAGCUCCGCUUGGAGUCGCCCGAGAGCUCCUUCCGCCAGGCCUCCGCCGCGCUCGUCCUCUGCGACGGCACCCGCGCCAGCGGCCGGGCGCUGCCGAGGUGUCUCCGCUUGUUGAAGAGCCAUUGUGGAGUGGUGCCCAUCGUGCUGGGCUUGAACAAGUCCGACUUGGGCACAGUGAGCGACUCGGUGCGGAAGGCACGGCAGAACUGCCAGCGGACGCAGCCGCUCCAGUGCUUCGAGAUGAGUGUGAAAAAUCAGCAGAACCUGGAGAAGCCCUUCUGGUGGCUCGCGCGGCGCCUCUGUGGGCAACCGCACCUGGCCUUCGCCCCGCCGCGGGCGCCGCUUCCGCCGGCCGACGGGGUGGCCGAGGGUCCGAGCGCGGAGGCGGUGGCGCGGCAGGUGGCCAGGGCGGUAGAGGUCCCAGUCCGGGAGUCUUGA